GGGAGAAGCUGUGAGGGAGCAGCCUGGGAUGGGGGUGUCCUGGCACCCCGGGGCUGGCUGUGAGGCAGGGGUCUCCCCUCCUGUCCCCUUGUAGCUAUCGGAAACUGGCCUUGAAGAACCACCCUUUGAAAUGCAAGGAGCCUUGGGCACCGAAGAGGUUCAGGCAGCUGGCAGAGGCCUACGAUGUGCUCAGCGACCCCAUGAAGAAAGGCAUCUAUGACAAGUUUGGAGAAGAGGGUCUCAAAGGCGGCAUCCCCUUGGAGUUUGGUGACGAGAACCCCUGGGCCGCUGGCUACGUGUUUCACAACAACCCCGACAAAGUCUUCAGGGAGUUCUUUGGUGGAGACAACCCUUUUGCGGAGUUCUUUGCCGAGGAUGGCUCCGAGCUGAUCCUGCCCUUCGGGGGGCUGCGAGGACGAGGAGCGAUGAAGCAGGACCCCCCAAUUGUGAGGGACCUCUACCUCUCCCUCGAAGACCUGUUCUAUGGCUGCACCAGGAAGAUUAAGAUCUCCCGCAGGGUGAUGAACGAAGAUGGUCAGACGAGCACCAUCAGAGAUAAGAUCCUAGUGAUCGACGUGCAGCCGGGGUGGAAGCAGGGCACCAGGAUCACCUUUGAGAAGGAAGGAGACCAGGGCCCAAACGUCAUUCCAGCUGACAUCACCUUUGUUGUCCAAGAGAAAGUCCACCCCAGGUUUAAAAGAACCAACAACGACCUCAUUUACGUUGCUACCAUCCUCCUGGCAGAGGUAAAGAGCCGAGCGUGGGGACACGGAGCCACCCCCCUACUGCUCUUUUGGGGCUGCAAAUGCAGCUCCUCAUCCACCCCCUGCCCUGCAGGCGCUGACCGGCUGCACUGUGGACGUGAGGACGUUGGACAGGAGGCACCUGAAAAUCCCCAUCAACGACAUCGUGGACCCCCAGUACUGCAAAAGGGUGCCAGGGGAGGGGAUGCCACUGCUCCAGGACCCCCGCCGCAAGGGCGACCUCUUCAUCUAUUUCAACAUCCGUUUCCCCCAGAAGCUCACGCCUGAGAAGAAAAAACUCUUGACAAAUGCCCUCCUGCCGUAGGGGAUGGCGACCCUUCCCCUUUUCCUCCCCCUGAAAAAAGCACUGGAGCCAGCACUUGACCGGGCAGAGGUGGU